AUGUCUAAUACACAUGCUUAUCAGAGAGCAUGCAGGGCAGCUUGGAGAAAGCCAAAGACUAUAUCCGAUGAUCCUACUACAUGUGCCGAGUCCCGCAUCAUCCAAGAGUAUGGCCCUGUCAUUGUCCGUGCGGCAGCCAUAGAUGCGCGACGACUUGAUUCUUCGGCGACUACAUCUCAUGAAAAACGAGGCUUUCUUCUUGAGUCUGAUGGAACCGGCUCACAGGCCGAAUUCGACAAACGAGGUCUUCAAUUCAGCGAUGAUAGAACCGAAAAGCGAGCUCCUCGCGAAGAAGCCGACAAGAGAGCUGCCCGUGAAGAGACUGACUAA